UGCAGGAAAAGCAUCUAACAGGAUGUUGCAGGAUUUUGGUGCAAUCGUCAUGGUUAUUAUGGUUGUCAAGAUAGAAACGACAGUUGAGCAAGAAGCCGGAGAUGGAUGCGACUCUGCAGCCACCUUAGCUCUGAUCCCCAAAGAUGACUGGAUGGAGGCGGAGGUUAUUAUGGGAUUCAGAGUGUGGCAGCUUAUGUUCUUGGCUCUGGCAGGCCUCAUAACAGUCGUCGUUCUGCUCUGCUGCUUCAUGAAAUGCAGAGUGCCACGAACGAAACAAGAAAUUGAGGCGGAUUUCAAAAGAAAAGAAAUCACACGCAGAUUCCGAUUCCUAUUGGACAGAGUUCAAAUAGAAGAUACAAGCCUUCGAACAGCUAUUGAAAAGGUCAACGAGCUCUAUACCAACAGGGAGAAAAUGAAACGUCGAAAAAAGAAAAAGGCCGAUGAUGAAGAGGAGACACUCUCAGUGGGAAGUAGCUAUCUUUUUGUUGAUGAAAAGUUGACUAUCAAAGAAAGAAUAAAAAAGCUACUCGGUCUUUUAGACGACAAUGUUUCGGAUACCGAUUCAAUGAAAGAAACCACAGAUAAAAGCGACGAUCAGUUGAAACGCAGUACAUCGGGAGAUGAGCUGUCUUCCUUGCCAGAAGUGAAAAUAGUGGAAAUCAACAAGUCUCGACAGGUGUCAGAAGAAUCUUCAGACUCUCCUAAGCUGGGAGAUUCACAUUCGAAAUUGUCUUUUCUGCAAGAUUCACCACCUAGAACUCACGAUACUUUGUCAAGACUUUCCUUACUGCAAGAUUCACCGCCCAAUUACGGGGUUACUCUUCUAGAAGAUACUCCACCAUCUCACCAAGCCAAAAAAUCUGAUCAAGAAAGCGCGAAAGCCAGCGAUUCAGGAAGAUCCAAGUUUGACAAGAAAAAGACUGAAUCACAGGAGUCUCAAGAUUCAGAGCAUUCAGUAAAAAAGCAGGAUUCAACGGAUUCCGAUAUAAAUUCACACAAAUUGAAGCAAAAGUCGGACUCCCAAGGAUCUGAUGAUAAAAAGGUAAAGCAAUCAAAAUCUGAUUCGCAAGACUCUGAGAACGGAAAGAGUCGCAAGCAGAAAUCAGAUUCUCAAGAAUCGAAUGAUUCGUUCGACAAUCUUCCAAAAGUUAAGAACAAGCGAAUAUUUGAGCCACAUGAAUCAAAGCUAACAAGGCGAGAAUCCAUGGGAGGAUAUUCAGGAAUUGAUGCAAGCCACAAAUGGAGAAAAUCGCCAAAUGCCAAAACAAAAAGCGAGUCAAAAGUUACAAAAUCUUUGGACGUGAACACAAGUUCCCACUUUAAUUAAUGAGAACUAUAUCACUUUUAUACAAGUUUAAAAAGUCAGCACUAACACGAACAAUAUACAUAUUCUUCUGAAUUGCUGCAGAAACAUCAACAGCAAAAAAGAUCAUAUAACUUAAAAGGACAAAUAAUACCAACAAAGAAAAUAUUUACCAUAGAUCGCAGAACUGCAAUCCAUUUUAAGUGACCGAAAUAUGAAACGUUAUUUUCAUAUUUCGGAAAAAAGAAAGAAACGGAAAGUUACGGAAAAAAGAAAGAUUGAACAAGCAGAUGUAUGAUUCAGUGACAUUGGCACCGUUGAAAUGUUUAUAGAUUUACUAAAAGUGCUGUCUGAGAGCUUAGCUGCGUACUCAAUAAAUCAAUGAAAGAGUGUAUCAAUAUUUGGAAAACUUCUAGUAUCGUAACAAAUGCGAUUUAGCACUUCAAAAUAUUUGAUAUAAUCAUAAAUGUUUCAUACAUUGAUUACUUCAUGCUUCUCAGAUGUAUUUAGUAGAUUCAAAUCUGCAGGACAUACUCUAAUCCGUCAUUUGAGUACAUUGGAAUACAUUAAAAAGCGUAUAAUGGUAAGCAAUUAUACGUAAAAUUUUAAAAUGAUAUGUCAUGGAAUGCAUGUGUGGUUGCAAACAAUGCCUGUUUCAGGCAAUUAUGAUGCUACCUUCAGGCAGUCAGGAAAUUUAAUAGGUCAUCACACAUCUAUUAUUUUACAGGUAUAACCUUCACAGACCAACUAAUAAAAAAUCCAAGAAUACCGAAGAAUUGUUUUUUCUGCUAUUAAAUGGGAAUUGCAAUUCUAGGUGCUGUGGUAUAUAUUGUAUCUUUUACAUUUCUAUACUUCUUUAUUGCCAACUGUAUAACAUAUUUUCUCAUUAGUAGUUUCUUAAUAACAAAUAAGAUUUUUUUUUUGUUAUCACAUUUUGAUCUAAAGCACAAACCAGCUUUCAUUCUUUAUUAUAAAAAUUUUUUUCAAAAGUUAUAGACCAUUCAAUCUGGAUAAAAUUGCAUAGAUAUAGUUUCACAAAAUAUAGGUAGGCAGAUAUUGUACAUCCUCACAACGAUUAAAAUUUACUUCCAGCCUUUCAAUAGUGAGAAAUACACUCAAUUUUCAUAGAUUUAAUUAGAUUUUUAAAUAGGAUCGCAGAAAAAAAUUAUUUAAUAAAUUAUAGAUUACUAUGAAUAAUUCACAAGUGGUACUAGACAAUGCAUAUCAUAACAAAUGGGGUUUUCUUCCCCAUAUAAAAACAAACAUCGUGUAUUAAAUACGAAGAAAUGUAUUUUUAAAAUUUAAUAGGGACAGAUAGAGAAAUUUACAAAAUUGUAUAAGAUGAGAAAAGUUUAACAAAGGGAUAAAAUUUCUAAGAGGUACAAAAUAAAUUUGGGAUUCAUAUUUAAUAUUGUAGUAUCAACAACUUUCAUUAAUAUAUGAACAUAAUUUUUAUGAUGAUUUACCUAAUUUAAUAAAUUACCAUUAAACCUAAAGAUAUUCAUACAGUUUAAAUGGUUGUCGGAUUUGGAUUUUGCACUGAACUUAAGGAGGGGAGGGAAUCAGUAUAUAGAAAGUCUAAUAUGCAGAAAUACAUAUUUCACAUUUUCAGCACUUUUUUACUAAAAACAGGUACAAUUAAACUGUCUUUCUUUCAAGAAUUAAACUUGAGAAAUUGAUUGAAUUAAAUUAAACUUUCAAGAAUAUUUUUUUAGGAACUUACAAAUAAAGGAUUUCAAAAGUGUUGUGACAGUUACUAAUAAUUUCUUAAAAUUUGUGUUGGUCUUUAAAAAGUAUAAUCUUGAUUAUAAAAUGAUUUGUAAGAAAUCUGGAGGCAAUCUUUGCAAGAUUGUAAUGGUAAAAGUACAUGCAAAAAUGAAUACACUUUAUAUUAUGAAUUAAGACAUUAAAAACUAAAAAAAAUGACUAAUAUAAAGCACAUAAAUGUUGUGUUUAAUAAAGGAGUUCACAUAACGUGUUAGGGGAAAAAAGUCCAUCCUUGCAUUACUAUAUGCAAUAUUUGACAAAUAGCAACUGUUCACAUUUUCUCAAUAACGAAUCAAUGAAUUAAGUACCAUAUAUUUCUGAAUAAGAGAGAUAAAUGAUAAAGUAUUGAAUAGAAUUGAUUUAUUCUCAUGCAAUACACAUUAAGUCAAUAAAUUGCAAAAUUAAUUUUUAAAUUGAAUGGCAUAUUUUACUGUUUGUAGUAUUGUGUUACAACACAACCUAAGGCAAUAUACAAUUAGAUGAUCAGACAGCUACAUUUUACAUGUG